AAAGCAGCUGGGCGAAGCUUUAUCGGGGCUCCCGGUGUCUAGCUUCGACCCCAAGCCAGAGGAGCGAUACACGCCGCGGCAGCGCAAAAGAGGCUGAAGCGGGUGGCGUUCGUGAAGAGCAGCGAAGCCCUCUGGCCGAAGAUGCAUAGGAUAUUGGCAAUAGUUGUUUGGUGUUUUCUGCAAGCAGAGGGCAGGCGUCCAGAAAUCAUCACAGGUAGCAGCAACAAUGGCAAUUUCUUGGACAAUGAUAAAUGGCUGAGCACCGUUUCCCAAUAUGACAAAGAUAAAUACUGGAACAAGUUCAGAGAUGAUGAUUAUUUCAGAAACUGGAACCCAAACAAGCCUUUUGAUCAAGCUCUUGAUCCAUCAAAAGAUCCAUGUUUGAAGGUAAAAUGCAGCUCACAUAAAGUGUGUGUCACUCAUGACUAUGAGACAGCCAUUUGUUUAAGCCGCAAACACCUUCGACAAAAGAAAGGAAACCUUCCCCAGAGGCACUGGAUUGGACCAGCUAAUUUAGUAAAAUGCAAGCCAUGUCCCCUUAUUCAUGCCAGCUCUGUUUGCGGUUCUGAUGGACACAGUUACACAACCAAGUGCAAGCUGGAGUUUCAUGCCUGUACGUCUGGCAAAAACAUUGCAGUUCUCUGUGAAGGGCCUUGCCCAUGCCUUCCAGGACAAGAAAGUCCAAAACACAAGGCUGAGAAAGGUGCUUGCACAGACAAGGAGCUGAGGAACCUUGCUUCACGUUUAAAAGAUUGGUUUGGUGCUCUUCAUGAAGAUGCAAAUCGUGUUAUCAAGCCGACGAUCUCUGAUUCCACACAAGGCAGGUUUGACACUAGCAUAUUACCAAUCUGUAAGGAUUCAUUGGGCUGGAUGUUCAACAAGCUGGAUAUGAACUAUGACCUUCUCCUCGAUCACUCUGAGAUCAAUGCUAUUUAUCUUGAUAAGUACGAGCCAUGCAUUAAACCCCUCUUCAACUCUUGUGACUCCUUCAAAGAUGGGAAGCUUUCAAACAAUGAAUGGUGCUACUGCUUUCAGAAGCCAGGAGGUCUCCCUUGCCAGAAUGAGAUGAACAGAAUUCAAAAGCUGGGAAAGGGGAAGGGCCUUAUGGGUGUUUUCAUUCCACGGUGCAAUGAGGAAGGCUAUUACAAAGCAACUCAGUGUCAUGGAAGUACUGGGCAAUGUUGGUGUGUCGAUAAGUAUGGAAAUGAGAUAGCUGGCUCAAGGAAGCAAGGGACUGUUAGCUGUGAAGAAGAGCAAGAAACCUCAGGGGAUUUUGGUAGUGGUGGAUCAGUGAUAUUACUGAAUGAUUUGGAAGAGGAUCAUGAAGCAGCAAAAAAGGACAAGGAAGGAAAACAGAAGAUCCAUGUAAGAGCAGCCAAUGAUGAUGAUGAAGAUGAAGAAGAUGAUAAGGAUGAUGAAAUUGGCUAUAUAUGGUAG